GAUGAGUGAUACUACCUCUACCAACAUCUCGGUGGCUCAAGCAAAUUCCAUUGACAGCGUGCAAACUGGUUCAGUACGACAAUCAAAUCUAACAAGAUCUAAUACAACCAAGAAGCUAUGCUUCUACAAAAGUGGAGAUCCACGAUUCAGUGGAAUAAAGAUGGUUGUCACCAAUCGUUCCUUCAAAACAUUUGAUGCCUUACUAGACAGCUUGUCCAAAAAAGUCCCUUUGCCUUUUGGAGUUAGGAAUAUUACAACUCCACGUGGGAUACAUCAUGUAACCAAUUUAGAGGAACUUGAAGAUGGCAAAUCCUACAUAUGCUCCCAACAGAAGAAAGUAAAGCCAAUUAAUCUUGAAAGGGCAAACAAAAAACCAUUACGAUGGCAGAGCAGCAGACCACUCAGUUCCCGUCGUCGUGCUGUCCAUGAAGCGAAGCUCACUGAAUUUGGUUCUUUUCAGCGAGAAAACACUGUUGUAAUUGGAAACUCAAAAAAGCUUGUAGUUUUAAAAAACGGAGAUACUGAGUUUAAACAUAACAUCUUUAUCAACAAGAAGUCUAUGCAAAGCUUUGAUGAUUUUCUAGAGGAGAUAACAGAGGCCUUGCAAUAUCCAGUUUUCAAGCUAUACAGUACUGAUGGACGAAGGAUUCCUAGUAUUCGUGCUCUACUGCUAAGUUCUGGGACAAUCGUGGCAGCAGGAAGAGAGCCUUUCAAGCCUGCAAAUUAUGAGACCGAAAGGGAAUUCCUACCAGCUAAAUUGCCGGGGAUCACUAAUCGUGUUAUUCCAAAAGCAAGAUUGAAACCUGAACUGAAAAGCCCUGGCAAGUGGAGCGUAUCAAUCAUAACCAGUGAAGUGGCUUUUGCCGGAACUACAUCUCAAGUGUACAUUACCUUUUAUGGGCAUCGGAAAGCCUCAGAGCCUGUUUUUCUGUAUAGUGAUGAAGAAGACACAUUUCAGAGUGGUCAUGAGGAUACCUUUAUGAUUAACAUUGGAGAUGUUGGGGAAGUCUACAAAAUACGUAUAGGACACAGUAAUUCUGGAGAAUUUCCUGCGUGGCACUGCGAACAGGUGAAACUAUUAAAUAUUUUCUCCAAUGAGCAAUUUAUCAUCAAUGUCAACCGCUGGCUAGCACAGGAUCAGGAUGAUGGAGAGAUCUGCCGAGAGUUUCCAGUUACCCUUCAUAGCCACUCUCAGCUUCCAGUGACAAACUACGAAAUCCGUGUUGUGACAGGGGAUCUAUGGAAUGCAGGAACCGAGGCUAAUGUUUAUAUAGCAAUUCAUGGUGAAUAUGGGGACACAGGAUCUAGGCAAUUGGUUAGGACAAACAAACCCAAAAGAUUUGUAAAAGGACAAACUGACACUUUCACAUUAGAAGCUGUCCAUCUUGGGAGUUUACAUACGGUCAUUGUAGGCCAUGAUGGACUUGGAACAGGCAAUGGAUGGUAUUUGGAGAAAAUAAUUGUCUACGAUCCUGUGAAAGAUAAAGAAUAUGCAUUCUUCUGUCAUAGAUGGCUAGAUGAAGGAGAAGAUGAUGGUAAAAUUGCAAGACUAGUGUUUAUUGCAGAUGAAACCGAUUUCCCAGCCAGACAAGAGCUUGAGUUGAAGAGGAAAGAAAUUUGGCACUCAGAGAAGUGGAAAUAUCAAAAAGGCAACCUCCUACAGUUCUAUUGCAAAGCAACAGGGAAAUUUAUUCGGCUCACUCCAGACAGCAAAGUAGAUGCCCUUGGAGAAAAGAAGGAUAAAUAUGGUGUUUUUGAUAUAUUGGUAAAAAGAGGAAACGUUCGAAUCUUUAACAGUCAUGAGAUCAAAGCUCUUGCCUUGGCGAUAGACAAGGGGAAAGUCACUGCUAUGGAUAACAGCGGCAUUCUUUGUGAACUAUGUGUUCACCUUCAACACAACCGUUGUGUUACCUUAGAAUCUACAAGAGUCCCGGGUCUCACUGUUUCUUUUGAGCGUAACGGUGAAGCAGCUGAUGGGUAUACCGAUAACUAUGCUGGAAUUUCCAAAGAAUUUGUGGUGCAUGUCAAGGGCAUUUUUCAAGAUGAGGCUAUCAUAUUAUUGACAACCAGCUGGAGCCAGGCUUUGUGUAUCAAGAAUGAAGGACUUUGUAGUGGAGCUGGGAAACAGACUCCGGAUUCCCAUUGGAGAGUCCAUAAAAUCAGCCCCACUGUCUGCAUGUUUGAAAGUGUAACACAUCCUAAAAUGUAUUUAUGCAUCAAGAAUGGGCAGUGUCAUGGCAAAGGAACAGGAGAUGAUUAUUGUCAUUUCACCGUUGAAAAAAAUAUGGACACUGGAUCAGUCAUCCUGGAAUCAGUCAGGAAUAAAGGAAUCUAUAUUGGUCUUCUACCCAAUGGGAAUGCGGUACCAGUGGUCCACACUGGGGAGAAAAACAUGAUUUUCUAUCCAAAGGUCAUCAAGUUUGGCAGAAAACCCCCUGCAGGAUCAUCUGUAACACCCAGCAAGAAAAGGGAAGAGAUCAGCAAACACGAUGGAGAACUUGUUAAAAUCCAGGGGCCGCUGGCUCAGAGCCCAUCAGUGUCUCCACCCUUGAGCCAAACAGAGCCAAUCAAAGAAGAGAUACGUGUUCACACACCUAACUCACAUGAAUGGAAGGUGUCGGUACUGACAGGCAGUGUUGGAACUUUAGCUAACGUCACCCUAUGGGUUUAUGGAAGCAGAGGGACAUGCGGGCCCAUAACCCUAAGAGAAGACAACCUAGAACAGCCUUUUCAACCUCAACAAGAAGAUCAGUUCAUGGUGAAACUACCAAAUAUCGGAAAAAUAUACAAGAUAAGGAUUGGACAUGAUGGAACCAGUGACCGUCCUGAGUGGGAGCUGAAAUGGGUAAUCCUAGAGAAAAUGAAAAAUGGAAAAACACAUUAUUUUGAGGUUAACAGGUGGCUGUCCAGAAACAGAGACUGUGAAAUCGUGUGUGAGGUUCCCGUCACAGAGAAUGGUACAUUUGUUUAUCCAGUUGUGAAGUACCUGAUCAGCGUGUACACUGAGUCCUUUGAGCAAGCAGGAACCAACGCUCCAGUUUACAUCUGUAUUUAUGGAGAAAUAGGAGACACAGGAAAGAGGCUUUUGUUGAAGUCAGAUUUCCCGCAUAAGUUCCAACCAGGACAGGUUGAUGUGUUUGAAAUUGAAGCUGUGUCACUUGGGAAGCUUCAGAAAGUGCUCCUUGUCUGCGAGGCCAAUCACAAGUCACAGUACUGGCAUUGUAAGAAAGUAAUCAUUCGGGAACAGGGGAAGAACUCAGAAUAUAUAUUCAAUUGUGAAAGGUGGCUUCCAUUCAUGUCUCAAAGUGUGCUUCAUUCAGAAAUUGAGCUGGAGGUUGAAGAUAUGCAGAUUGCUACUGAAGAAAGAAAAUGGAAUGAAGAGCAUGUUUUGCAGCAGAGAGGUAGCUGUGAUGUCUUGCCUAGGUCCGAAUACACCACUGCUGUGUCGGAGAUAACAGCUGAGAUAGCUGAAGCAACCUGCAAUAGACACAGGAAGGCAGAAAGGGUUCAUGCUAGGAGGAAGAACUGGGAAACAAGGCCAGCAGAAGGGGACUGGACAAUUACCAUCGUCACUGGGAAUUUCCAGGAAGCAGCCACUGAAGCAACCGUUUUCAUUUAUGUUUAUGGCGAAGGGGCAGAUUCUGGACCCAUCCUUUUAGGAUCAGGGGGACAUCAGCUGUUCAAUAUAAAUAGUGCAGACGCAUUUCAGGUUAAUUUAAAGCAUCUUGGUAAACCCUAUAAAAUACGCAUUGGGCAUGACAAUUCGGGAGAAAAUAGUGAAUGGUAUUUGGAGUCAAUAAGACUUCAAAACCUUUCAUCAAAUGAAGACUUUUAUUUACCUGUGAACCGAUGGCUUGGAGAGGAAAAGGAUGAUGGAGCCACAUGGAUAGAACUUGCUGUGCCAGCAGUUGGAAACCAUGCAUUGCCGCUUGUGGAUUAUGAGAUUCAUGUAUACACAGGAUCUGUUUCCAGUGCUGGCAGUGAAUCAACUGUGUUUAUCAAGCUUUUUGGAACAAGGGGAGAUUCUGGAAAAAGAAAGCUCCAUAAAUCCCAAAAUCAAACCAUCAAGUUUCAGAAAGGACAGGUUGAUAUAUUUCGCAUUCAAGCAAUUUCUCUGGGAUUCCUUCAGAAAAUACAGAUUAGUCAAGAUGGACUUGAACAAGGGGAUGGCUGGCUCUUGGAAAAGAUAAUAGUUCAUUAUACAGAGAGUGAAAGUGAUCACAAAGUCCUUUUUCCAUGCAACAGACUGCUUCAUGAGAACCAAGAAAAUGGAAAAACAGAAAUGGAACUAUUUCCCUGUGAACAGCAGAAGUCAGAACAAGGAGCAAAUGAAGAAAAAAGAUGGCUCAUCCAAGUUAAAACUGCAAAGGAUUCAUCAGAGUUGAAAAAUAUGAAAGUUUAUUUUGUGCUUUAUGGCUCAGAAGGAAAAACUGGUGAGAUUCCUCUAAUGCCUCAAAGUCCAGACGCAGAGUGCUUUCUUCCUGGGGCCGAGGAUCAAUUUAAUCUUUAUAGCAUCUAUUGA